AAAAGACUUCCAAGACCAGGUCACCCUAACCAGAAGCAGGGCAGGAGGUCUCUCUCUCUGGACUCCAAACCCUCGUAUUCCGAUUCCCAAACCCUAAAAACCCUCGUCUGGAUCCGCCACCGAUCCCCUAGUUUUCUCUCUCUAUCCACUCAAUGUUACCUAACCCUUCGUCUACCUAAAUACACCAUUCGAACUUUUUAGGAUUACUUUUGUUUCGGCGAAGCCCGAAAGAUGGACAUCGAACAGAAGCAAGCGGAGCACAUCGACUACUUCGUCAAGCAAGCGUCGGCCCACAAUGGCGCCUCCCUGGCAAACGUCGCCGUCGAGGCCACUUCGCACCCGUCUCUCUUCGCCUUCUCCGAGAUUCUCGCCGUUCCCAACGUCCUCGAGCUCCAAGGAACCGAGAACUCUGUGUAUUUAGAUUUGCUUCGUUUGUUUGCCCAUGGCACGUGGAGUGACUACAAGAGUAAUGCUGGCCGUCUUCCGCAGUUAGUUCCUGAUCAAAUUCUCAAGCUAAAGCAACUUACUGUGCUCACGUUAGCUGAGACAAACAAGGUUUUGCCAUAUGAUAUACUCAUGCAGGAGUUGGAUGUUGCAAAUGUUCGCGAACUUGAGGAUUUCCUUAUCAAUGAGUGCAUGUACGUGGGCAUAGUUAGAGGGAAGCUAGAUCAGUUGCGAAGAUGUUUCGAGGUACAAUUUGCAGCUGGCAGGGAUCUGAGACCUGGACAACUAGGGAAUAUGAUACAAACUUUAACAAAUUGGUUGACUACGUCAGACAAUCUUCUUAUCUCCAUUCAAGAGAAGAUAAAGUGGGCGGAUUCCAUGGGUGAGGUGGAUAAGAAGCACAAAAAGGAAGUAGAAGAGAGGGUUGAGGAAGUAAAGAAGUCGCUCUCCACCAAGAAGUCACACACUGUGAGCAGGCCGACAUGGACUUCCGAGGGCAAGAGGAGAUCUUCUCUGAACCUGGUGGGGUGAUGGACUAUGAGGAAGACCGAAGCCGACCUAAGAGGAGGCGGCAUCCAAUGGGUUGAAGAGAGAGCAUCAGACAGAGAAUUGGUUGUUUGCCACCUACCCCCCUUUUUUGUUCGAGGCAUUCCAACAACACACAAACACACACAGGAUUGCUGGUUUUGGAGAUACUCAUGUCUUUCAAAUUGAACUUCGAUGUUAUUUAGACUAAAAAAUAUCGCCACUUGUUAGUUUGUAUUGGAACUCCAUCGUUAUUUGAUUUUAAGCGAAGAUCAGAUUGGUUUUGGUA